AUGCAGGUCACGUUUACUCUUGUUGCGGCCCUCGCCGGCAUGGCUUCCGCCGCCGUCGCUGGCGAGAGGGGCAGCUUCGGCUGCGCCACUCACGAGCCCACCCUUGAGCACAUUGAGAUCUCCAAGAAGCUGGCUGAAGAGGAGGCUACCAACGCUACCCUCUUCGGACUGGCUGCCGCUGCCACUAUCACUGUCCCGACCUACUUCCACGUCGUUGCCUCCUCCCAGACCGUGGCCAACGGCUACAUCACCGACAAGAUGCUGUCUGACCAGCUGGCCGUCAUGAACGAGGACUUCGCCCCCCAUGGCAUCUCCUUUAACCUGGUCCAGACCACCCGCACCAUCAACCCCACCUGGGCUCGGGAUGGCGAUGAGUUGGCCAUGAAGCGUUCCCUUCGCAAGGGCGACUAUGGCGCACUCAACCUGUACUUCCUGCGCGAUAUUGGCGGCGCCUUCGGCUACUGCUACUUCCCCACCACCGCUUCCCCCGGUUCCGCCAGCUACAUCCGGGACGGUUGCACCAUCCUCUCCUCCACCGUCCCCGGCGGCAGCUCGACCAACUACAACCUCGGCCGCACUGUCACCCACGAGGUCGGCCACUGGUUCGGUCUCUACCACACCUUCCAGGGCGGUUGCACCGGCAGCGGCGACUCCAUCGCCGAUACCCCCGCUCAGUCCAGCCCCUCCUCCGGGUGCCCUGUUGGCCGUGACUCUUGCCCCAACCAGCCCGGCGUUGACCCCAUCCACAACUACAUGGACUACUCUAUCGACUCUUGCUACGAGGAGUUCACUCCCAACCAGCAGACUCGCAUGUACAGCUUCUUCAACCAAUACCGUGCUUAA